AUGGAGAGCUCUGGGCUGAUGUCCUCGUUGAGGAACCGGGUGCUGGGGGGCUUCGUGGAGGCGGAUUUCCAGUCGUCGGCGCCGCCGCCGUCUGAGGGCCAGAUCAGCGCCGUCCGAGGCCGGGGAGCGGCGCCCGAGAGGGCGACGUUCGAGGACGACGAUCGAUGGGUGACCAUCCUUGUGUCUGUCUUGAAAAUCGUCGCCUGUUUUGUGACGAUGAUGGCGACGACGUUCCUGUGGGCGCUGAUCAUGUUCAUGCUCCUCCCAUGGCCCUACGCCCGCGUCCGCCAGGGUAACCUCUAUGGUCACGUCACCGGGAGGCUCAUGGUGAGCUCUCUCUCUCUCUCUCUCUCUCUCUCUCUCUCUCUCUCUCUCUCUCUCUCUCUCUCUCUCUCUCUCUCUCUCUCUCUCUCUCUCUCUCUGUCCCCCACCCUUUCCAUCCACUGUCGGACAUGGUUUUUUCAAGACCCUUUACGUUGUAAACCAUUUAGCGAGAAAAAGAGCGAUCUUUUCACGGAAAGAUUGUCUAAUUCAUUUCUUAUCUUAGAAACCUCGAUAUGAUCAAUCUCCGCAUAUUAUUCAGUUCAUCUCUCUGCGUUUGUCUGCUUCCACACAUCUCGUUAAUUCAUCAAGUAGCACAACGCCUGAUCCGAAGAUCAAGUCACCGCUUCCUCUUUCUGUAACCCAUAAGAAUUUAUCAACGUAAUAGGAACCAAAUACUUCGAUGAUUUCUGGAUUUUCCGUCAACGAAAUAAUAUAAAAAAACGAUAAACAAAUCCCUCUCGUCCUAGAAAAAGAUCUUGGCCCGAUUUUUCUAUUUCAACCAGAUAUCGUGAGGGUCAGAAUGGGAUCCUAGCGAUCAGCGGGCGCAGGUUUUCAGUGCCUAAUCUCCUCUUCAUCUUAUCUUCGCUUCUUCCUUCGCUUUUUUUUUUUUUUUUCCUUUUGUGGGUGUUCAAUGUCUCUGCAAUGAAUUCGAUGCCAUGCUUCAGUCAUCAAAAUGCUCAAUUAUGGCAACUCAUAUGAUGCCCAUGCAUCCUAUUCUACCUCUACAUUUUUUUUCUAAAAGUUUGGAUGCAUUUCUUCCGGGAUUCAUCGAUGAACCCUCAGAAUAUAUACGAUGUAGAUCCCGCGGCUUGUGAAUCAUCAACCAUUUUUCCUGGAAGGCCGGAGUUAAAGAUUCCGUUGACUAUCUGUGGGCGGGUUGACCAGCUAGAUAAGCCUUAUUCACCCUUUUAUAUCCCUGUUUUCUGCUUUAAUUUGUCAAACCCAUCUCCGAUUUUUACGCCAUAAAAAAAUCAGUUUUUUCAGGCUCACAGAUCUCAGAUUUUUACUAUUUUAUUUAUUUACUUAUUUAUUGAUGGGGGACCGUUCUUAGAAUCCACCACCACCACCACCAUCCCCUCUUAUACUCCUAUUUUCUGCUUAAAUUUAUCGAAUCCAUUUACAAAUGUUACACUAUUAAAAAGAAAUCACUUUUUCAGGCUACAUCACACAUUUUUAUUAUUUUCUUAUUUUUCUUAUUUUCUUACUUUCUUAUUUUCUUAUUGAUUCAUUGAUGUGGGGAUCAUAUUCUUAGAGUCUGUAUCCGUUCUGUAGAUGACGAUAUUGGGGAACCCCAUAACAAUAAAAGGCUCAGAAUUCGCCAGCACGAGGGCCAUUUACAUCUGCAACCACACGUCGCCGCUGGACAUCUUCCUGAUCAUGUGGCAGACCCCCAUCGGCACCGUCGGCAUCGCCAAGAAGGAGGUCAACGCCCUCUUCUUCUUCUUCGAAAAAAUUGAAUCAAUGAACGAAUCGGGCGAACGUGUUUGUUGGGUGCAGAUCAUCUGGUACCCUCUCUUCGGGCAGCUCUAUGUGCUGGCGAACCAUCUCCGCAUUGACCGCUCUAACUCCACCGCUGCCGUCGAGUCGGUCAGAGAGGUAAUUUAUUGCCAGUAAUCACGACCAAUAAUACUCGAUCGAUAAUCUUUCUAACCCUUCUCCGGUGGCGGCGCCGCCACCGGCGCCGGCGAAGCCCAGGCGGCGCGCGCCGUGGUCAAGAACAACCUAUCCCUGAUCAUCUUUCCCGAGGGCACUCGAUCCCAGUCCGGCAGGCUCCUCCCCUUCAAGAAGGUACCGGGUUCUCUCUCUCUCUCUCUCUCUCUCUCUCUCUCUCUCUCUCUCUCUCUCUCUCUCGCUCGCUCUCGCUCGUUAUCUAUCCAUCUGUCUAUCGAGCUGGUGGGGGUUGACUUUCCAUUUUCUGGUGGCGACGAUGCGCAGGGAUUUGUACACUUAGCACUGCAGACGGGGCUGCCGAUAGUGCCGAUGGUGGUGACGGGGGCGCACAAGGCAUGGAGGAAGAACAGCCUGCGGGUGAGGCCGGCACCGUUGACCGUGGAGUUCCUCUCCCCAAUCAAGACCGACGGGUGGGACCCAACCAGGAUCAACGAUUACGUAGAGAUGGUCCACGCUCUGUACUCCCGCCACCUCCCCUCCUCCCAGAGGCCCCGCUCCGCUGAAGAUAGAUAG